GGAAGGUCGAAACUACCUCUAGGCCAUUGAAUGCGCAAUUUUAAGACUAGAUGCAACGGAGGUUCAGUGACUUAGAUGGUGUUUUACGUGGAAUUAGGGUAGUAGUAAAUGCUACAUUGAAGGAGCAAACGCUUAGAGCCUCGUGGGCCUGGUCGAAAUCCGAAUACCGUGACAUCCUGGCCAAUGUAUCAAAGUCUCUUCUUAGUAAAAUAAGCGACCAGAAUCUAUCUCAGACUGCUAGUUAUAUAGCUGGAAGAAUAUGGCUCUUAAACCAGCAAAAUUUGAUUAUUGCCAAUUCACUAAUUUUACCUAAACUCUCUGAGAGUUUCGGGUUUGCAGCCUCAAGUAAUGCUAGUGAUAAAGGAAGCAGCUCCGACCCGAUUACUGAUAUAAAAACGUCAAAGCCUGAAAGUCAAAACAAUUCAGCUGAACUCAAUGUUAGGAAACCACUUCCUCUUCAGAACUUCACAAUCCCUUCUCCACCAACUCUAGACCAAAAAGCGCUCUCUAAAGAAAGGCACGUACCGUCAUCACGUAUAGGAAGAGUAGCUGGAUUUGGAAAUUUGGCAUUUAGUCUUGGUGUUGGAGCUGCUACUGAGUGGGCGAAACAAAAAGUUGGAUAUUCUGCCUCUGGUGCUUCAGCUUCACCAUCAAAUUUGUUUUUAACUGAUGCUAAUCUUGAGAAAAUCGUGGACACAUUGUGUCGUAUGCGUGGAGCUGCUCUUAAGCUUGGACAAAUGUUGAGUAUCCAAGAUGAAAGUUUUGUUAGUCCUCAGGUCCAAAAAAUAUUUGAACGUGUAAGACAGGCAGCGGAUUUCAUGCCUGCUAAACAAAUGAGAAAAGUUCUUACAGCGGAGCUUGGCGAGAAUUGGGAUAAAUAUGUCAGUAACUUUGAGGAGAAACCUUUUGCCGCAGCAAGUAUCGGCCAGGUUCACAGAGCAACACUUAAGGAUGGAAGAAUUGUAGCAAUUAAAAUACAAUAUCCAGGUAUAGCAGACAGCAUCGAUGCAGAUAUUAAUAAUUUGACAUCACUUUUAAGUCGUUUUAAUCUCCUUCCACGCGGUUUAUUUGCUGAAAAAGCAAUUGAAGUUGCCAGAAAAGAAUUAAGAGCGGAAUGUGAUUAUCUACUUGAAGCAGUUUAUGGUAAACGUUUCACUCAGCUAUUAGAGGAUGAUCCGGUUUUUCAAGUUCCACAAGUAAUUGAUGAGCUGACAACAAGUCGUGUGUUAACCACUGAAUAUAUGGAUGGAUUAGUGCUAGAUGAUUGUAUUAGCCUUCCACAAGAUGUGAGAAAUUGGCUUGGUGAACAACUGUUACGUCUAUGUUUAAAGGAGUUGUUUGUAUUCCAUGUUAUGCAAACUGAUCCAAACUGGUCUAAUUUCUUGUACAAUCCUCAAACAGGCAAAAUUGUUUUAUUGGAUUUUGGAGCUUCCAGAGAAUAUAGCAAAUCAUUUGUUGAUACAUAUAUUCGUUUGAUUCAUGCUUCAGCGGAACAUGAUGAAAAAACCAUACUUGAAUUAUCGAAAGAUUUAGGCUUUUUAACUGGUUACGAAACUAAACUUUUACAACAAGCACAUGUCAAUGCAGUCGGUAUAUUGGGUGAAGCAUUUGCAUCAGAAAAAGAUUUUGAUUUUAGUCAACAAUCAACCACUAAACGUAUUAGUCAUUUAAUACCAGUUAUGCUUGAGCAUAGAUUAAGUCCACCACCGGAAGAAAGUUAUUCAUUACAUCGGAAAAUGUCUGGUUGUUUUUUAUUAUGUAGUAAAUUAAAAGCUAUCGUUAAUUGUCGUCCAUUAUUUUAUGAAAUAUGGAAUAAUUAUCAUUUUUCUAAUGAUAACAACAAUACUAUUAAUAAUCAUAAUACUAGUAAUUAGUAGUAGUAGUAAUAUUACUCUUAUUCACUGGGUUAAAAUAUCUUUUAUUCAUUUAUAUAUAUGUCUAUUUAAAAGAAACUGUCUUUUGAUCAUUGAUUGAUCAUUGUCGUUUGUACUUUAUUUAUAAUGUUUGAUAUAUAUAUAUAAUGAACACUGAUAACAGUAAUAAUGCUAACUACCAUUGUUUUUU